AUGGUCAUUUCUACUUUUCCCGAGCCUCCCAAGGUGUGAGCAUCCGUGCACACGUGCCAAGCUUGCAUUGUGCGCAAGCACUGCCAGCACUGCGCAACUCUCGCUGAUGCCUGCCUUUUGAUCCAUCUUCGUUCCGCGCACAGCUGGCCCCUCGAUGUCCAGGCCGUGCCAGUGCCAGGUACGGAGAAAGACGGGCACACUCCCAUUUUCCGAAAUGCCGCUGUUCCAGAGUUCACAACUCAGGUGAGGGUGUUGCGCCAAUGCUGGGCAUUCAAUGCCGCAAAGCUGCUGACUUUCGAAUCUAAUCUCGCUCGCUGCUCAGGAAUCCAUGUAUGACGUCUUCGCUGUGGGCAGGGAUCGUGAUCCUCAAGCCCCUUACCUCGGUAUCCGCCCGUGGAACCCAGCCAAGAAGGACUUUGAGCGCAGAUUCGAGUGGCUGACGUACGCCCAGGCGGAGGAGCUUCGCACUGCCGUUGGAAGCGCUCUCGGAAAGCUCGCCAAGGAAGGUCAGCUUGGACAGGGCGUACCCGACAAGCAGUGGACUUGCGGCGCUUGGAUGCAGAAUAGGCCUGGUGAGUGGGAAAGGGGAGCGGCAGCAGCAGCGACCGCUUUCGCUUUCGCUCGAACACUUCCGCCCGCUCACUUCCCCGUGGGCUGCGUCUUUGGAUCGAUGUAGAGUUCCAGAUCUUGGAACACGCUGCUGCCGCCUACUCUCGCAGGACGGUUUCCCUCUACGAUUCUUACGAUACAGAGACUGCCGUCUACGUCCUCGCACACUCUGAGGCUCGAGUAAGUUUUCGCUUCCUCUAUAUUCUUUGCACGCCCCAAGGCCUAACAUUGCUGACGUUUGACUCCAACGAUCCUAGUGUGUCUUCACGACCACCUCACAUGUCCCCACGCUUCUCGCUAACGCGAGCGAGAUACCCUUGGUCAAGCUCAUUGUUACCCUCGACACUCCUGCGCCAACUGCAAGCGCUCCUGGAGAGCUAGGUCGUGACCAACUGCUGGCCAAGUGGGCGGCUAGCAAAGGCGUCAACCUCACGAGCUGGGACAAGAUUGUGGAGCUUGGAAAGGCAAACCUGGUGGCUCACACCCCUCCUCAGAGCAACGAGGAGCAAAUCAGCUUCUGCUACACGAGCGGAACCACUGUGAGUCGGCUGCUGCCCGACUGUUGUACAGUCCGCUUUUCGCUGCAGGCUGAGCUAUAUGCCUUGAUGAUGAUGAUGAUGCCUACAGGGCAAGCCCAAAGCUGCGAUCGUGCUGCACAAGCAACUUGCGUACGCAGGUGCUGCUACUUCGCUCUACUGGUCAAAGCCUCAAAAGAUGAUCUCUUACCUGCCUCUGGCCCACAUCUAUGAAAGAAUCCUUGAGGCACUCGUCACGCGCAAUGGAGGAAGUAUCGGAUACUUCUCUGGCGAUGUGCUACGCCUUACGGAAGAUGCUCAGGUCCUCCAGCCUUCGUUCUUCCCUGGUGUGCCUCGUGUCUUCAACCGCAUCGCCGCUCAAAUCCAAGCACAAGCAGAUGGCGGAGGUCUCAAAGGUGGGUGAAAGCGCAGCGCAGGACGACUCUGCGAUGUGUAGCGGUCUCAGCUAAGACUUGCCGCGCUUCGCACCCGCAGGCAAACUCUUGACAGCUGCUUUGAACGCAAAGAUUGCUCGACACGACCAGACGGGUGACGUGACUCAUGCCUUCUACGACCGGAUCGUCUUCCGCAAGGUGCGCGCCGUGUUGGGUGGCAAGGUCGAGCAGCUCGUCUCCGGAUCGGCGCCCAUUCGUCCAGAUGUACUCAAGGUGCUUCGUGUGGCCUUGAGUGCAGACUUCCGCGAGGGUUACGGACAGACGGAGAAUGCGGGAUCUUGCUUGCUCAUGCAUCCCGGAGACAAGGAUCUGGGUACUUGCGGCCCACCUGUUCCUGGCCAUGAAGUCCGCUUGCGCGACUGCCCCGAGUUGGGCUACACGACCAAGGACAAGCCGUUCGCUCGCGGCGAGAUCCUGUCCCGCGGUCAGUCCGUCUUCCCAGGAUACUUUAAGGACGACAAGAAGUCAAGAGAGACGCUGGACGAAGAGGGCUGGAUGUACACUGGUGAUGUGGGAUUGAUCGACGACAAAGGCAGAGUCAAGAUCAUUGAUCGAGUCAAGAACUUGAUCAAGCUGGCUCAGGGAGAGUACGUCGCUAUUGAGCACGUCGAGGGCAUCUUUAGCUCCUCGAAGCUUGCCGCUCAAUUGUGGCUCUACGGAGAUUCGACUGAGGGUGAGCGAUGUUGAGACGAGGGACCAGGCACGCUGUCGAGCACAGUAGCGCUGACGCUGAGGCGGGUUUCCAUAUUCUGCACUCCAGCACACCUGGUUGCGAUUGCUGUGCCAGACCCUGAAGCGUUCGCUCCCUUCGCGUCCAAGAUUACCGGAAAGCAGCUCUCUGCAGCCGACUUGCAAGGUCUGGAGCAAGCGUGCCAAGACCCGAAGGUCGUCGCCUCCUUCCUCAACGACCUGGUCACUGUGGGCAGGCGAAACAAGGUCAAGGGCUUUGAAUUCCCUCGCGCUUUGAAGCUGCGCAUGACCCCUUUCAGCAUCGAGGAGGGCACACUGAGUGAGUGGUCAGGAGAUGAGGCUAGGAGCUGCGUUUUUCGCUCGCCUGCUGACUAACUCGCUUUCGUCACGAACACCUAGCCCCUACGUUCAAGCUCAAGCGACCAGAGGCUAGAAAGAUCUUGGAGGCUGACAUCAAGGCUCUGUACUCCAAGCCGCCUGCGGACAUUAGCGCUUCCAAGCUCUAG